GGCGCUGCGCCGUGACGCUGCGGGCGCGAUGCGGGCGGCGGGAGCGCGGCGGCUGGCGGGGCUGGCGCUGCUGGCGCUGCUGGCGCUGCUGGCGGGGCGCGGCGGGGCGCAGCCGGGCGGCGGGGCGCAGCCGGGCGGGCUGCCCGCCAAGAAGCUGCGCAUGGCCUACGCCGGCGGGCCGCUGCUCAAGUUCCAGAUCUGUGUCUCCUGAGGAUACAGGCGGGUGUUUGAGGAGUACAUGCGGGUUAUCAGCCAGCGGUACCCAGACAUCCGGAUCGAAGGGGAGAACUACCUUCCUCAACCUAUAUAUAGGCACGUAGCAUCCUUCCUCUCUGUCUUCAAACUGGUAUUAAUAGGCUUAAUAAUCGUUGGCAAGGAUCCAUUUGCUUUCUUUGGCAUGCAAGCUCCAAGCAUCUGGCAGUGGGGCCAAGAAAAUAAGGUUUAUGCUUGCAUGAUGGUCUUCUUCCUGAGCAACAUGAUUGAGAACCAGUGUAUGUCAACAGGGGCGUUUGAAAUCACUUUGAAUGAUGUUCCAGUGUGGUCUAAGCUGGAGUCUGGCCAUCUUCCUUCCAUGCAGCAGCUUGUACAAAUUCUUGAUAACGAAAUGAAGCUCAAUGUGCACAUGGAGUCCAUGCCCCAUCAUCGAUCAUAGCCCCAUCGAUCAGCACUGAAACUUCUUGCACUAAGCGUGUUCAAGGCAGCGCGGCGCAGACCCAUGAAGGCCUGUACUGAAGACAGCAAGCUGUUGGUGCAGACUGGAUGCUUCCCUGGCUGCCGUGCUCUGCCUCCUGAAAAUAAACUUAAUGCCAGACCCCUUUCAGUGCUGGCUGUUCCAGAUACUGCACAGUCAUGGAGUGCAAUAAUACUGUAUAGUUUUUUUAAGAUGUCAUCUGACCAGUUCAUAGCUCAGCAAUGCAGGCAUUACUAAUUGUAACUUAUUUUAUAUUCAUGUUUCACACGAUGGCAGAUUGAGUUAUCUAUUUUUUCCUCAGAAAAAAAAAAGUUUGUUUAAUCUGUUGUAUUUUAUAUGAAUUUGUGUUCUUUUUGUAGUUUAACAGGAAGUUCUAGGAGUGUCUGAUAUCAUCUUAAACUGUUAAGUAGUUGACAGCUGUCUGUCAAAUAUCCCUAAUGUGGUUAAAGCAGGUUUGUAUAUUUUUCAAAAUAUAUGGCAGAGUUGAACAGUGCAUUAUAUACUAAAUUAUAUAAACAAAAUUAUAUGCAGAGUAGUUACAUCAUUUUGUGACUUCAGUAAAAAUUAAGAUCAGCUGCUCUUUCAAUUGUGUUGGCCAACCCCGAGGGGUUUGUCCUUGACCAUUCUGAAGAGAUGACAAGCUGGGCCUUCCUACUGUCCUAAGCAGAAACCAAGAAAGUUAAUUUAAAUAAAGAGUUCUCAUCUACCGUGUGAAGUACCUUGUUUAAGUCACUGAUGGAUAUUCUUAGAGUUGUAAUUGAAAAAAUGCAUAAAAAGCCUACUUUCCCAAGUCA